AUGAGUCGUGCCGGGCCGGAUCGGGGGGUUAUCCACAUCCGCUCGCCCCGGCCGGCGCGGGCGACGCGGACGAGACACACGGAGGCACCGGACCUACUGCCUGAGCUGGGCAACGCCAUGGCCUCGAGCCCGUCCACUCCGAGAGCAAGGCAAGACGCGCUACCGCACUACAGAUCCAUAAGUAUCGCGAUCGCCAGAAGUCCGCGCUCAGCGCCUGAGAUCGCGUUCCUGUCGCGGCGCGUUGCUUCAACACGAUACUCGGAACAGACCACAACCUCAAACAAAGAAAGGAGGAAAAGGGGAACCAAAAAAAGAACCCCCCUUACCACAAGCCAGCCUGAAACCACGCGGCGCCAUCUCGAGGGCUGGCGCGCCAAACCGGAGCAACAGACGUGGCCGCAAGCCCUCUCCCAACGGUUUUCUUUGUUCUCCAACGCCGCCAGUCCUUCAGCUUCAAGGGGAAAAGGGGGAGAAGCCCGCCCCGAGACUUUUGUCUCACACGAUGCGAAACCAACCAACAACGGUGGGCAAAGAGCGAGACAGAACCAACGCGGUCCCAAUCCUAGACCUCCUGCUUCCCACCCCGGUGUUUAA